CUUUAUGUCAACAUAUGCCCAGAGCCAUAUAAACAGACCUAAACAAACCCAGUGAGUCUGACGCGCCGUAAGGAAUCACUGAAGUGCAGCGUUUAUAUUCUAACCAACGCAGUGACGCGUUCGUAAACAUGGGAAACCCCAGAGUUUUCUUCGACAUGACUGUUGAUGGCGCUAACAUCGGCAGGAUUAUAAUGGAGCUCCGGGUUGAUGUGGUCCCAAAGACAGCAGAAAAUUUUCGUGCUUUGUGCACCGGAGAGAAAGGUUUUGGCUACAAGGGCUCCACGUUUCACCGCGUUAUCCCAAAAUUCAUGUGCCAGGGUGGGGACUUUACCAACCACAAUGGAACUGGAGGCAAAUCCAUCUAUGGAGAGAAGUUUCCUGAUGAGAACUUCCAGUUGAAGCAUGGCGGCAUAGGGACACUGUCCAUGGCUAAUGCUGGGCCCAACACCAAUGGCUCCCAGUUCUUCAUCUGCACAGCUUCAGCUGAGUGGUUGAACGGGAAACAUGUGGUGUUUGGCAGCGUUGUGGAUGGCUUGGAUGUUCUCAAGGCAAUUGAGAAGCAUGGCACAAAGAGCGGCACUACUAAAGCAAAGGUUGUCAUUGCCGAUUGUGGUGAACUAAAAUAGUGCAAGUCACUCAGUUCCUUCAGGUCAGUCCGCUUUUAUGAUCAGAUGUAUCCUUUAUCAUCCACAUCCCAGUUAAACUCUGAGAUGGUGCAUAGCUGCAAUAUGUGCAGAAAACCCCCUACUAACAAUUUGUCCUCUAAAAAAUGUUGGUCUACUAUUCUUUGUGUCUUAUUUUGUACCUUACAAUCUGUUCUCUAAGGACCACCUUUGUUGACAAAACCGAACUUAAAUAAUGAUGAUGGUGUAAAUAAAGCAAUUGCACAGCC